UGACGACACAGUCGAUUGACAAUCUAGCAUUACAGUAAUGGUGGUCACAGUAUACAUGACGAACGCGACACAUUAUGUGAAUGGCAGACACGAUAAACCCCGGAAUGGAGAAAGGUUGAACUAGUACCGGAUACUGCUACCUCGGGGGAGAGCCCUGUACCGGAAUCCUUUAGGAUAUAACGCUAUGCGGAUUGAGGGGCACUGCCUGGGCCUUAAUGGCAAUACACCAAAGCCUGCCUGGUCGCCGUAGUAUGCUGAAAGUUGACAAAUCAAGAACUAAAAGCCAUCAUGGUUUCCCCAGAGCUUUACGUCAGCCGCGAAUGUGCUGUCUGUCGUUUGGAUUAUUACUGUUUCUGUGCUGGGGGCAGGGGGUGGGUGCAACCCCCUCCCCUUGUCCAUCUAUGUGCAGAUGUUACACUGUGGACACGUCCUCCACAAACUGUGUGGUGGACUGCACCAAUGCAAAUAUUAGUUCCAUAACCGAUAUUCCAUCGGUGGAUUUGCCGUCAUCGAGUUGUAGAGUUGUCCAGUUAAACUUAUCAAGAAAUAGUAUUAAUUCCAUAACAGCCAAGUCAUCAGUAUUGCAGAAUUUGCCUUAUCUGGAAGUACUAGAUUUGUCAUAUAACGACUUUACAGCACUUUUAUCAAGUUCAUUUUCCUCAAUAAUAAAGAUUAAGUACUUAAACCUUUCACACAAUAGUAUUAAUCACAUUGAUGCCAAUACAUUCCAUUCUAUGUCAAGUCUGAUAACUCUGGACUUGUCAUACAAUAGAUUUACUGAAGUUGAUGCCACAACUUUCAAAUAUACGACGAACCUGCAGGCAUUGAGCCUUGCGGGGAAUUUGAUAACCAAGUUCAAGGAUAAAUCAUUUGAAGUUCCAUUACUCACCACAUUAGAUUUGUCAGAUAAUCCUGUGAAAUCAUUUGAGAGGCUCAUGUUCACCUCAUCCAGUAGUAUCACCACAUUGUAUAUAAACAAAAUGAAUCUCACCAGUCUUCCACCUCACUUGUUCACCAACUUGAUGCUGCUGGAGAACCUGUAUCUGCGCGGGAAUAAUAUAAGUUUUAUUCCCGAUGAUGCGUUUUCCUCCAAUCCCAAUCUAACUGUGCUAGAUGCAAGUUCUAACCAGAUCGAGUCCUUAGAAGUGGAGACUUUCUACGGCCUGACAUCAAUGAGAUACCUUGAUAUAAGCAACAACAAAUUGGUGUUUCUAAAUGCUUCCAUGUUCAGGGACAUGCACACCUCUUUGACUAGUCUAAAUGUUGCAUUCAAUGAUUGGGUAUGUGAGUGUUCUAUGAAACCAUUUAUAGAAUAUCUAGUCACUUUCAACAACAGUGCUGGCAACACACUGGUAAACUGGCAAAACACAACCUGUACAGGCCAACCCAGCCAGAACCUUCUCUCGCUCAACUCACAAUUUUUAUGUGCCACUGACUACUUUUCCUGCUACAAUGAUACAGGCACUGGUACUGUAUCCACGGUAAUGUACGCGACUGUCGUACCUUCAACAACUGCCACCAGCCAACAGAUAUGUAAAGAGGAAUGUUUCAAACAGUCGAGUACUUAUGCUGGCUAUGACAGCAGCUUUUGUCUUUGUGGUAACAGCUCAUCAGAUUAUAACUGUGGGUGUUCUACUGCCACCCAUGCUGAUAUGGAAUCUGUGUCAUGUACAGAUUCCACCGGGAGUUCUGUUUCGAAGACCUACCUAGCCAACGUGAGCACCACAUCAAUAGGGAUCAUCCUCAACCCUAUUCCCCCUCUCACAGCAGGCCAAAGCUACACUUUCACCGUCAACGUUACUAUGGACAUUAUCAAUAUGUUCAUGUUCAGCUUUGGCGAUAGCUCUAAUGUUAUAUCUGAGGGAGUGACAGGUAACACGUUCACCAUAUCUUACACAUAUCCUGUGCCAGCCCAGUACACUUUAGAUGUGUCCGGUUGUUACACUAGUGGUUCCAGUACUGCCUGUGAAUCUGUCUCUGUACCUAUUCUGGUUCAUCCCCCGGACACACAGGUGUCCGUCACCUUGUCUGCAUCAUCUUACGAAGGCUCCAUAUCAACAGCAUCAGUCACUGCAAGCUUCACUAUGGGUCAAGGCCUGGACAUCUAUUGGAGCAAGUCUCCCAACGAUGGCGUCACAUGUAAUACAAGUUAUGCUUGCGAGAUAUCAUGGACAGCCGUACAUGGACGUUGUAUCCAAGUAAGCGGUUCUGUCGCCAACUAUGACACCGCCAAGACACAGUGUACAAACUCUCUACUCAACACCAUUCAACACUCCACUGAAGUCACAGAGUUCGCCACUGAAAUAACAACUGCAGUACCAUCAGUCACAUCUGUGUACAUAGAAGCCAAAAAGAAUGGUAGUUUUUACACCUGGGCAGAUAACAGCUACACCUACUUCACUGUGGAUGAUGUAACAAACAGUACUGUAGGGGACUGUGUAAUGAUAAACUUGGUCACCAAGGCUCUCGAGGGUGCAGUCUGCAGUGAUUCAUACAACUACGUCUGUCAAAAACCUCCUAAUAAUGCCUGCCCGUAUGGAGGAGUUUACUAUCCUACAACCAGGAACUGCUAUGUUGCCCAAACUGGUUCCCCUGUAAACUGGUCUGAUGCAUCUACAAGCUGCCAAGCUAUUACCUCUGGAGCCAGUCUGGCUACCUUUGAUAGCGCUCAACUGGUGUCCCACGUCACCUCCACGGUGUUGGCGGCUAACACAGAGGCUUGGGUGGGUCUGAGAUACCAGAACAUGGAAGGAUACCUAGAGUGGGUGAACUCCGAAUCUGUGUGGGCAUAUACCCCUACAUUUUCCACGACAACGGGGGACUGCUUCAGUCUGUCUCAGACUGGUGCCUGGAAAGGCUACCCGUGUAGUACAGCCCUUUCCUAUAUCUGUCAGUACUCAGUUGUCAAAGACACUGUAACUGUAGAAGCAUCUGGAGUGGGGACCAUGAAUCUGAACCCUACAUCACAUGCCUACAGCCUGAGCGCCCUCUCCAAUUCGUCCACUCCAUCAGCAGCUUUAGGAAUUGUAACCAUCUUCCCAGGCCAUUCAAUUUCAACACCGGAUGAAAGUGCCACUGUAGUAGCAUGGAAUUUUAAAACUGCAAACCUGACCACCUCACAGAUUGUCGCCUUCCAGGUGUGGCGACCAGAAUGUAAAGCUGGGGAAACCUUUGUAACACCAGUGUGUAAUGGAAAUGGAGCCAAAUACGGCUCUUGCAAGUCUACUGCCACUACCUGUCCAUCAGUACAGACGUGUACAGGAGGGACAAAGUACUGUUUCCAUGACGAUUCCUGUAAGCCUGUAGCAGAUGUUUGUGAUUGCACUGGGUGUACAGAAUCUUAUGUCGGAUCUUCCCCUACCUACAGACUGAUAGAUCAGACCUUUGUUGUCAUACCAACUGGUGCUUUUCAGUAUUACACUGUUUUGGCGGGAGAGAUUGAAAGUCAAUCAAAUGAUAUCAUAGCAUAUCAAACCGAUACUGGAAGUGAUGUCAUCCAGUGUGAUACAGGUGGUGAUUGGGCUCAGAACACGCAGCAGUCAACUGUUUCAAGCUGGCUCUCGGUCGGUGACACCUUCAACGUCACUGCUUGGAAAAAUAACACCAUGUGUUAUUUCCAUGCUAUUUACUCUAAGCCUGAAAGUAAGACAAUGCCUAGCUCCAUUGGGUAUUUCACAACUACAGGGCCUACAGAGUUUCAGCUGAGCGUUCCAGACCCUGUUAUUACGAAGACAAAGAUAGUUACAUCACAAGAAAUGCUUGGCAGUCUCGUGUGGUUGUGGCCAUCACUACAGGUUGGGCAAACCACGGACACUAUUUUUGUUGAAUCAGGCACAUCUGUGGAUCUUCUACUUGUGACUAACUUUGGAACGGACCUGACAGCUAAUUGGACCUUUGGAUCCUCCUCAAUCUCAACAACAUUCAGCAGCUCCUGUCCAAACUCUGUAGCAGCUACAGUAUGUGAGCCCUACACCAACUGGCCUGCACUCCCCUUUACAACCACCUCGUAUACAUUUACCAGUGAUAUGGAUGUCUAUGUUGAUGUGUCAAAUCAGGUGAGCUCAGCCAAUCUUACCAUUGCAGUGCGAGUGUUUGAGGUGAUCAGUGGUGUAUCCAUUGCACUAACUACCUCACAGACCAACAACUAUGUGGCUUAUAAUGAACAGACAUCCUUCACUGUGACUCUCGGCACCGGUACACCUACAGUCUAUGAAUAUAAUGUCAAUGGUACGAAGAAAUAUACGGCAAAUGUUAACUCAUUUUCUCACAAUUUCCUCAAUACCUCAGUGCCCUAUCAUGUCGUCACUGUCAAUGCAUCUGAUGAUUACAGCCAUGCUUUGGCAGAGAUUGGAGUCACUGUUAAAGUGCGAGCGAAUUUCCAGAACUUUCAAUUUACCAAUGUACCAAGUGUUCUGAGGAGAAACACUUUAUAUGAAUAUGGUGCUUCCGUGGAUGCUACUGUUGGCGCAGAAGUGUCUGUUAUGUGGAUUUUUGGUGUUGGACCCCCACAGUUGGUUACUUCCACUAUAGCAUCAUCUACUCAGCAGUUUAAUUUGAACUCCACCUACUCCCAAACUGGUUCCUACACAGUCGCCAUAUUUCUUCAAGAUGAUUCAUUUCUAAGUGCUAAAUACAUAUCUUCACCUAUUGACGUUGUAGUGGUAAUAACAAGCGUGACAUUAUCUACAAGUUCAGAUGUAAUCUUGGAGGGCGAUAGUAUUACAUUCACACCAUCUCUACCUGGACCAAGUUAUUAUGGCAGAACAAUCUAUUACACAUAUGACUUCCAAGAUGGAACAACUUUAGUGAACCAGACAUCCUCAAGUGCUACUCAUGUGUUCAGUACACUCUCCUCUGCAACGUACAGUGUUAAUGUCAUUGCUAUGAAUGGCAUUAGUUCAGGAAGCACAUCUGUUGAUGUGACAGUCGAACAAGAGAUAACCAGCCUGUCUCUCACCGGAACUUCACCCAUUCUUAUCAAUACCACAAAGCCCUAUACAGCUUCUGUCGUGACUGGGUCCCACAUCACUUACAGUUUUCAGGAAGCUACGUUAGGUCUGGCCAGUGAUUAUACCUCCGAUGACACCUACAACUUGACUAUCCCUACGGUGGGAGUGUACAACCUUACAGUCAUUGCCAAUAAUACCUUUGCUACCCUCUCUGAAUCCCUGGAAGUUCGAGCUGUUGAUUCUGAUACACUUCAAAUCCUGUCUUUUGCCCAUGAUAGAUAUGUGGUUACAGCAAGCUCUGUUGUGUUUAAGCUUGAUGUGCUAAGUUUUGACCCUACCACCCUGCAUUGUGUCUGGGCGUUUGGUGACGGUGCUAAUGAUACGGGGACUGGGCUGACAGAAACAUCACACUCAUUCGCCAACGCCAACAACUACACCGUCACAGUGACUUUAGUCCAUAAUGCAACAGGUGUUCAAAGGAUUCAGUCAAGUUCAAUUGGAGUUCAAGACACAGUGACAGACUUACAAGUGAAUACGAAUGGCAUAGGGAACAUUGUGUCUGGAGCAGCAGCAACAGUGGUGCUGACAGCAUCCGUUGCCACAGGAACAGAUGUAUGGUACACUUACACCUACGAUGGUUCCAGUUUCAGCACUUCAAACACAACAUAUGAACUGGUAUACAGCACAGCCACCAUGCUGCCAGUGGAUGUGGUGGCAGCCAAUCAGAUCAGCUCUCAGAACAUAACCAUAUCAGUAACAUUUCAGGAGACCAUUGAGUCCCUGAUAAUCAACUGUUCUGAAUGUAUAGUGGAUGGUGGUGUUACCUACCGUGCCACUAAUGCCACAUCCAACUACACAGCUUCUGUUGGGUUAGGCACCGAUGUCUCCUAUACCUUCUCAGUGGCAGGACAGGCAGAUUCCUUUACUAAUCCUUUGUCUCAGGUCUUCUCAACAAAUGGCAAUGUCUUUGUGAACGUGACAGCCUCUAAUAAAGUGAGCUCAGCGGAGUACAGUCUGCCUGUUGUGGUCGAGGACACCAUCACAAGUCUAAAGUUUGACCCGUCCAUAACGAAAGGCAUUUUGGUUAACAGCAGUCUGACCAUGGACACCAUCAUAGUGGGUUCCCAUGUAAGUUACAGUUGGAAGAUGUGUAGUACAUGUAGUGUGAUAACUACCACAUCAGGAUCCUAUGUGAAUCCUGGUUACACAGCCAGCGGAUCGUACAUUAUCACAGUGGUAGGUGGUAAUCACGUCAGUACUAGUGCUACAGCUACUCUCACCUUGACAGUUCAUGAACCUAUUACCAAUGUGGACAUCACCUCCAACGAUCUAGUCAGCGGCACAUACGUCCCAAUUGAUACCUCGACCAGAUUCACAGCCACAGCCAACAUUGCUCUGCAUGUUUACUUUGACUGGACUAUUUAUAAUUCAACAGGAAGUACUGUAGAAACUUUGUUCAACACUGAUACUCUGGCUUAUAACUUUACCACCGAAGGGGAGUUCAUUGUAAAAGUAACAGCCAUAAACUCAGCAAGCUCGAUGGAAACCAAUUUGACAGUUAUUGUAGAAACACCUAUCUCUGGAGUAGUUAUCAGUAACAACAACACCUCCCCUAUAGCUACCAAUGCUGGACUCGCCCUCACCGCCACAGUGAAUAAAGGCUCCACAUUGACUUAUUCCUGGAAUAAAAAUGACACAGCUCAAAGUGUUACAUCAGCUGACUUCGCUAUUGCCAUAAGCCCAUCAGGCACCUAUGUCUUCAGUGUGGUUGUUACAAAUCCCUUGGGUUCAGUGACAGAGACUGUAACCUAUGUUGUACUGGAUGUGAUAGAAAACGCUUCCAUCAUAAUACCCAAUAAUCUUGUGUAUUAUCCAUUUGUUGCUGUGAACAGUGCCGUACAAUUUUCUGCCAGUGUUCCUAAAGGAGAUGAAAUCACCAUUGCUUGGGAUAUGAAACAGUCCGGUGUGGUCAGUGCUACCGGAUCAGCUGCAGCCUUUGACUACACUUUUGCUUCUGUUGCAAACUACACUCUAACCAUGAAUGUGACAAAUGAUGUUAGCUCUAUGGUGAAGACAACAGAUAUCUCCAUCCAAACUCCACUGACCUCUCUCAGUAUGACUGCCAGCUCCAGUGCAGCCGAAACCAAUGCACUGGUCACGUUUACUGGUGUUCCCAAUAGCGAUGCAGAUCAUUUGACCUUUGAGUGGACAAUCGAUUCUACAACCAACACUACCACCACUAACACCACAACUCACACAUUUACAGUUGCUAGGAACUAUGUAGCAUCUGUAAAUGUGUCCAAUCAGAUAUCUACCUACAGCACUUCCAUCAGUGUUGAAAUAGAAGACCCCAUCCAAGGAUUAUCAAUUCAAAACUGUAAUGCAACAGUCAACGUUACAGACUUUGCUCAAGCUUUGGCAGUCAUAACACAAGGUACAAAUGUUACAUAUUCCUGGUCUGUCGAUGUUGACUCCAGUACAAUACAACAAACUGGCAAAACAUUUGGAUAUUCCUUUACACAGACAGCUGUUUACAAUCUUGAUCUGAAUGUGAGCAACCUUGUGAGUUCUGAUGUGGCGUCGUGUUGGUUUACAGUCAUAGGACCUAUUUCUGAUGUGGUGAUCGUAAUGUCCGAUGAUAUUUACCUGUUUGUGAACUACACAGUUGAAUUCACAGUAACAGGUAACAACUUGGUUGGAGUAAUUUAUGACUGGAGUAUUUCUCCCAUCAAUUACAACACAUCAACUGAAACUGGUGCUCUCUCAAAGAUGUUUACUGUUGAGCAGAGUUAUGUUGUCAUGCUCACGGUUUCAAACAACAUUAAUUCGGUGAGUGUGACAAAAUCUUUCUACAUUGACGAGUUGACAUGUCCCACCCCAAUCAUCACAGCUGGAGGAGAAACAUCCAAGAUUGCGUACAAAGCCAAUUCGAUCAUGUUUGAUGUGUACAUUAACAGGUUUACCUGUACCUCGUACGAUCUGCAGUAUCAGUGGACUGCCUACAACAUGACAAGCUGUGCCGAGGACCUGGCUAAUCCUGUCACUUUCACCGACAUUGUUGACACCACACCGAAACUGUUGCUUACCAAUGGAACACUCAACUAUGGCCAGUUUUGUAUUGUAUUGGUAGCGUCCUACAGGUCCACUCCCCUGGAACAGACAGUCAAGUUCAAUGUGACCGUACUGAAGACUGAAUUAGUAGCAGUUAUAGCUGGAGGAAAUUCCAUCCAAAUUCCAGCCAAUACUGAGUACCGUCUCGACGGGAGUUCUUCAUAUGACAAGGACCUCACUUCCUCCCUAACAUACAACUGGUCCUGUACCAAAGUAUCUGGGUCUGCUGCUAGUAAUGCGUGUACAUCAUUAGUGUCUGGCAGUUCUAGUUCUGUCAACAUUCCAGCCAGUGACCUCAUUGACGGCCAAAUGUAUGACGUCACAUUGACAGUGUCUGCCACAGACAGAACUUCAGGGUACUACACUCAGCGAUUGACAGUUGGAAGUUCUGAUGUGCCAUCUGUGGAAAUUGUGUGUGUGUCGUGUCUGGCGAACUACUUGAAUGUGAUCAGUUCUGCCAAACAAGUAGCUCUACAGGGAAGCUGUACAAACUGUGGAUCAGCCACAGUCUCCUACCAGUGGACAGCCGUGUAUGUAGACAGUGGAACCCAAACUACAUUUAGUCUAACCUCUGCUAGCACAUACACUGGUGAUACCAAUUCAAACCUUGUGGUCAAAAAGGGACAGAUCGUUGAUGGUAAGCCAUAUACAUUCAGGCUUUCAGUUACAAAAACAGAGAACUCUGUAAGUACCACAUCCUAUGCUGAGCUUGAGUUGUUGGCCAAUAUGCCGCCCAGUGGUACAGGUUGUACUGUGGCAAAUUCAACAAUUAACGUUUUUAGUAUGUUGUCCGUGGACUGCCAGGGCUUCUCUGACCCAGACAGCUCUUCCACUGAACUCUUGUAUGAAGUGGUAGCCUACAGCACAGACUCUGCUUCUGAUGGUCAGUUUGUCGUCAUCUAUUCUGGACCCAAAUCCCAGGUGGAUGUUUAUCUAACAUCCUGGUCAGGAGUGUCCAGAACGACUGUCCAAGUGAAGGUGUUUGUUCUUGACAGCUUUGGUGGUGUCUUCGAAGGCCUUGAUCAGAUGAUCACGGUAAUUGUAUCAGCACCAAAUGGACAGACAAUGGCAGAAUACUUGUGGGAUAAAGUUAACGGAGAGAUGUUGGGACUUGUAAAGGAAAACAGUCCGACUCUGCUUUUACAAUAUGCCAUCACUAUGAUUCACGAAGUCAACGAGUUAUCUCGCGUGGCCACCACAGACACAGAGAAGUAUAUACGGGCGUCCCUGAGGAACAUCCUUGCACUAACAGUACUAGGUCUACCUUUAGAAGAUAGUGUGGCAAUGCAACAGGCUGCAUUCUUCAUGGACCACUUAACAGUCUACCCUGACGAGUUUCAGACUAGUGCCUGCCAAGAUCUGGUUCUGAUUCUCACCCAAAGCUUGAAGUCCAUUAUGGAAAAUGGAGUUCGACAAGGUCUGGAGCAGAGCACUGUUCUGACCAAUCAUCUCCUUCGAGCUGUUGCUAAUGCCAUGACUGCUGUGAACAUGGCUGUCUAUUCUAGUAGCACAUCCCUGGUUUCAGGCUGGUUUAAUGACACUAUGCAGAUGUAUAUUCCAUCUGUGAGCAACCUGACCAAUGUAUUCUCUUCCUCCUCCCUUAGCGGGCAAACACACCGCCAGUUUAUUGUCACCAAGGCACUGUCACAGGCUGAAGACAUUAUUGGUCUCAACCUCAAGUCCAUGUUGUUAGGACAGGGCCCAUUGAUUUACAAUAUGAACAGUAUGGCUGUGUAUGGUGUACGGACCACCAGUGACAAUCUAAACCUUGAUUAUGUUGGAGCAGAUAGCAGUAUCACAGUCAGCAGUGAUACCCUCGCGGGCAGAAUAGCGGCCGGUACUGAAGUGUUCCAGAUCUACAUCAACAGUGACUCAAGUCUAUUUACCUGGGGCUAUAAUGCUGAUUUCACUGUAGACACCAAAAUGGCCAGUCUUACUCUCAAAGACGCAUCAGGAGCUGACAUUUCUAUAGAUGGAUUGUCAGAUGCUGACAGUGUCAAAGUGGUCCUCAAUGGUGAAGGAGAGAAUAUAAAUAUCACAAAUGCCAGCAUAGUUGGAAACACUGGAUAUGAUCAGACAAAGAAUCUAAAGUAUGUUCAUAAAACUGUUAAUAGUGACACGCCACAGUUGAUUACUCUAGUUCCCAGCUCUGGAGUGGAUGGUUCUGCGUUAUACAUCCAGGUCUCGGCCAGUAAUAUAGACGGAGCUUCCCUGGAAGCUUUAGCCACACCAUCAUUGGCAUCCUUCUAUCUCGGGGUUGACAUAGCGAAUCCCACUGAGUCGGACAACUCCCAGGCCAUACAUCUAGUAGCAUCUGACACACUUCCAAGUGAUCAUAGGGACCACACUUUCUAUAUCAGCAACUUUGACUCUUCGAAGACCUACAGAAUCUCAUUGUAUGUCAAUGACACCUACAUGUUAAAUGUGUCGUCAGCAGUGUACAUGGGUUCGUGUAUGUACUAUGACACUCAAGAGCUAGCCUGGUCUACCUCAGGCUGUCAGCCAACAUCAGAAUGUAUUGCCAUAGCCCUUGUGUGUAAAUGUAACCACUUGACAGCCUUCGGUGGUGGAAUGUUGGUGCCCAUUGACGCCAUUAGCUUCAGUGAUCUGGAGUUUAUUGACCUCUACACCAAUCCUGUUGUGUUUGUGACCUCUGCAAUCAUCUUAGUGGUCUACAUUGUGGCAGCCAUUAUCAGCAGACGCCUUGACCUUCGUGACCUUGAGAGGAUUUCUUCUGUGCCCUUAUGUGGAAAAGAUGGCUCCUUCAAGUAUGAGAUAACUGUUGUUACAGGGAAACAGAGAGGUGCAGGAACCUCUGCUCAUGUUGGCAUUAAGUUGUACGGAGAGUAUGGUAAAAGCAACAGGAAACAUUUAUCAAAGAAAGGAGCAUUCCAGAGAAACUGUCAGGAUUCAUUCAUUAUUGCACAUGACACCAACCUUGGUGACAUUUCGAAGGUGUUUGUCUGGCAUGACAACCAUGGACUGGAUCCAAGUUGGUACAUGGUACAGGUCAUUGUCAGGAACCUACAGACAGACCAAAAGUACUACUUUUUUGGAAACAUAUGGCUUACUUUGGAAAAAGAACAUGGCUUCAUACAGAAGGAGAUCUAUGCUGCUGGCUCGGCAGAAAUUCAACAAUUCACAAGAAUAUUUGGGCAUGCUUGGUCAAGUUCUGUAUCUGAUCGCCACUUGUGGAUGUCUGUCAUGGAUCGCCCAGCUAACAGUCGUUUCACACGUGUCCAGAGGGCCACCUGCAUUGUGACUAUCCUUUAUGUGUUCAUGUGUAUUAACAUCAUCUGGUAUGGCGUAAUCAAGACAACAGACACCAACCUCAAUACAACCAGCUUUGGAUGGCAAGAAGUUGUUGUUGCCCUGGCAACUAAUGCUGUGGUCUUCCCAUUCAGCAUUCUCCUUAUCAGUAUAUUCAAGAAGAGUCGCUCUAAGAACAAUCUGUUUGAACAAGGUAUUCGGACUGGGACAGCAGAGACCAUUGAGAUUGACAACAACUGUGAUCAGUCCAUGUAUUCUUCCUUCCAAACAAAUGAUGACCUCAUAUCAUACCUCGGAGAAAGGGAGAGCACCUCAGAAUCAAUACUGGCGUCUGCGGCAGCUCCUCGCCAGUCCUUGGCUUUACGUCGCACACGCACAUUGAAGACAUCUCUUAAAAUUGAGAAAGUGCCAUCAUCAGCUGAUAGUUUUAAUAGCAGUGUAAAUGGAGAUAAGAACGACAGAAAGCUUGAGAGGACCAAUAACCCCGGUAGAUGGGAACAAGGCACUUUCAAAGAGAGUUGGCAGAAGCGCCUGAAAACCAGGUCAUCUACAGAGGAACCACAACCAAGUACAAGUGGACAUGUGAAACAGGACAGAGCUGCAGCAAGGGCAGAGGUCGAGGAUGCAGCAGAUGAUAUCAUGGAAUACCUUGAUAUGGUAGAAGCUGACAUAAUCAACAAAGAACAGACUCGUAAAAACAAAGAUACAAAUCAACUGACACCAGGCCUUUCUAGGAAGCCACCUGUACAUCAUUCAACAAGUAUGGAUGAGAGCAAACACUCGAGCAAGGAUAAGAAUCGCAACAUAGAGCCAAAGAAAGGAGGUCUGAAGAGGAAAGACUCGACUCACAGUGUGGGGAUAUCAGCAGUUUCUUCCAACUCAUAUGCCAUACCCUCCUCCUCUGGAACACAACGCAACUUCACACCAAGAGAGGAGCCGAGCCUCUCCGACAAGAAACCAACUUCUGCUGGCAGUGUAGCUAAAUGGGUUUCCAAACUGAAGCCUGGGAUACGCUCAAAUGACAUGCCCUCUGUGGAGCAUACCAACAUGUCCGGGACACAGCCACUGAGACCUAACUCUUUGUUAGCACGUCAGAUAUCUCAGCCAGACAUCAUUACUCAUAGCGUUGUGGGGUCGUUUACUAUGGAGGGAAGCGACAUCCGUAAGAAGAAGUCCGGCUGUACCCUGCCCCCCUGGUGUGUUUAUGUAGGCUACUUUCUGUGUUUCUGUCUCAGCGUGCUGUCCGUCAUCGUUGUGAUGCUGUAUGGCUACCAGCUAGGGGCCGAGAUCGCCCUUCAAUGGGUCCUGGCCCUUCUGUUCAGCGUCACAUUCUCCUUCUUUAUGUUUGAGACCAUCAAGGCUCUCUUCAUGGCCCUGUACAUAGCCGGUGUUGAAAAGAAGGUGGAUCCUUAUGAUGAAAAUGAUGUUAUUGAUAUCGAACCAGUUAUAGACAAUGCUGUUGAAACUGUCAAGGUAAGCUUGUUAAUGUUCUUAAUGAAACUGUCAAGGAAACCAACUUCUGCUGGCAGUGUAGCUAAAUGGGUUUCCAAACUGAAGCCUGGGAUACGCUCAAAUGACAUGCCCUCUGUGGAGCAUACCAACAUGUCCGGGACACAGCCACUGAGACCUAACUCUUUGUUAGCACGUCAGAUAUCUCAGCCAGACAUCAUUACUCAUAGCGUUGUGGGGUCGUUUACUAUGGAGGGAAGCGACAUCCGUAAGAAGAAGUCCGGCUGUACCCUGCCCCCCUGGUGUGUUUAUGUAGGCUACUUUCUGUGUUUCUGUCUCAGCGUGCUGUCCGUCAUCGUUGUGAUGCUGUAUGGCUACCAGCUAGGGGCCGAGAUCGCCCUUCAAUGGGUCCUGGCCCUUCUGUUCAGCGUCACAUUCUCCUUCUUUAUGUUUGAGACCAUCAAGGCUCUCUUCAUGGCCCUGUACAUAGCCGGUGUUGAAAAGAAGGUGGAUCCUUAUGAUGAAAAUGAUGUUAUUGAUAUCGAACCAGUUAUAGACAAUGCUGUUGAAACUGUCAAGGAGAUGAAGUUUAAACCACUGGCUGGUUUCUCCCUGGUCAAGGCUAGAGAGGAGGGCCAGAAAGUCCAGAGGAUGCGCCUGAUGCUUCGCCAGUUUGUGGCUUACAUGUUCUACCUAUGGCUCCUCAUGGUCUUGUGUUAUGUUAACUUCAACUCCAGCCAGUACUACUUCACCUACAGUACAGAGAACCAGUUCAUCAGGACCACUGUAUCCAACAACGACUCCUUCUCAUUCCAAAAUAUGACCAGUAUUGAAGAAUUCUGGGUGUGGAGCCAAGCUGUCCUGUCUCCAGGACUACAUUGGGAAGAGAUUGAUAACAACACAGAAUAUGGCACAGUCCUUGGGACUGCUCGGCUCAGACAAGUACGCAGUCUGACAGAGAAAUGCAUGGCUUAUGAUUCCUUGAUAGUCUUGGGCAGCGCUGACUUUCUGUCAGGAAAGACCUGUGUUGGGUCAGGUGGCUUCGAUGAGGACCAGAACUCGUAUGGAGAAACUUGGUCCACUAACCAAGCACAGAACCUUUCCUGGAACUACUACACCUCUGACCUGACUGGCAGCAAAUGGCAACAAGGAAAUGUAUUCUCAUAUAGCGGUGGUGGAUAUGUGCAGUUCCUGGGGACAAAUUAUACAGAAACCUUGUCCAUACUGCAGGACCUACAGGCCAAGGACUGGAUCAACCUGCAUACCCGAGCUGUGUUUGUAGAAUUCACCCUAUAUAACCCUGCUACAGAUCUGACUACCCACGUGAACCUCCUUGUGGAACUACCCCUCACAGGUUCAAUGAACACUUCCUAUGUGAUACACAGUCAGAAGUUACUACGGUACAUCAAUGACAUUGUGGACCCCAUGAUGGUGUGUGAGGGGAUCCUGUUUGUGGUGGUCGUGUACCUGUGGAUACAUAUGGCCCUGUUGAUGCGAGACGAAGGCUGCUCAUUCUUCACCAGUGUCUGGAACAUGUACGAGUUGCUCACCACACUGAUGGCAAUGGCAGUCAUAGGACUGUAUGUUGGCUGUGUAGUUCAGGCGACAUCCACCUUUGAUGAAUUCCUAGCCAACUCAUCCAGCUUUGUGAACUUUGAGACCACCAUAGAUAUUCAUCUGUCCAUGAGAUACAUACAAGCCUGGCUUCUCUUUCUGCUCAUGUUUAAGAUUGUGAAGCAGUUGAGGUUCAUUAAGAUCCUGUACAUCUAUGAGAGGACUCUCAGUGAAUCAGCUGGCAAGCUGUUUGGUGUUGCUCUAAUUUUUGCCAUCCUGUUCCUGACACAUGGAAUGCUGGCAUACUUAUGGUACGGACCUUAUGUGGGAGGGUUUGAGAGUUACUGGCACACACUGACCACACUACUGGGAGCAAUACGAGGCACAUUUGAUUUCUGGUUGCUGUUUGAGAAUAGUCGAAUCUUCAGCCACUUUUUCUUCAUUUCCUUCUACAUCUUCGUGUAUGGCCUGACAAUUUGUUUCAUUGUGGCCAUCUUGUCAGACACGUACAAGACAUUGCGCUCACAAAUGUUCUUCAAGUCCACACUUGACAUGCAGGAUCAUGAAAUGAUAGACUUCACCUUGAAAAGGUUCAAGAUGUGGGCAGGAAUUACCAAGCCUAAGCCGGAGUUCCGAGCUGUACGGUUCCCUGGCCUGCCGUCAGUGUCCAGCAGGUGUACGUCGAGAAGUUCCACAAGAUCGUUCAGUGAGGCCUCGGUCAGUUCUGAUGGCCUUAGUAUGCUGUCAACAGGAGGGUCUGCUAAUGCUGCAGCUCGCCUGUCUUCUACCUGGCUGGAGGUUUUACACACAAUGGACAGAGUGACCCACCUAGAUGGUAUUGAAGAAAAUCUCAUCAAAAAGUGUCAGAAGGAGGUUGAUGAAUGGAAAUGGCAGAACCGCAUCAGUAACAUGGAAAAAGAAAAUGAUGGACUCCUGAAUUGGACAACGAAAAAGCCCCCUGCUACCCCCAACACUCGAACUACAAAAAUACCCAAGAGAGUUUCAACACAACCUCGUCUGACAGCCAAGUCAGAAGGAAUGGCCAAAACACCACCUACUAAACCAGUAGUUAAAGGCAAGGCUACACCACGGGUAUCUCGCCCCCUCAGUGAUCAGGGGGGACGAGCAGCACAGAGGUCAGAACAGCCUGGCACCUCACAAGAUAGAAUGUCAGUAUUUGACUUCUUCAAAAGUAUAAAACCAUCAAAGCCUGCAUGGUAAACCGCUGUACUAGCAGACAAAGUUCAUAUUGUGUUCAGUAUAAAGUUAUUUGUUCAACUUAUUAUUUUAUUAGUAGUAUUAUAAUUAGUGUUUUAUUUAUAAGAAACAUCAGUGAUCCUUCCUCAUUAACGAUUUUUACACACAAGUUUGUCUCAUUAUCAUCUAUCUGUGAUAGAUAUCACAUUGAGUUGUUUUUUGUUAUUUUUCACUUAAUCAUCUCCAUCAUUUCACAUAGUUCAAUUUCACCUGUGCCAAUUAUCAAACAAAAAGAGAAAAUUCAAAAUGAGAAGAAAAAUUCAAGCGACAGUAUAUAUAUUUUGUUGUGAGACAGAGACUCGCACAGAGCUGGGGAAUUACCUGUGGAAAAAAACAGCUGCUGAAGCUGGAAAAUGUGAUUCAUUUGAUGUGUGAACUGAAAACAAUAGUGAUGGAUGUUUGUUUACACGAUCAACUGCCUUAUGAGAGAAAUGUUGUCGGUGAUAUGUAUGGACUCAACACUUGAGACGUACAGUUUUAUUUGUUAAGUUUGAUGACUACGGAUGGCCGAGGAAAUGCUGUCCUACCUAUAACACUUGUUAGUGCUAUGUCUGGGGUGAAUUGUAGUCACUGUACAACUUGUUAUAGUGUAUUUACAUUUAUGUAGAAUUUUAUGUAGAAUAUAUAAUUUUAAAGCACAUGAACUUUAGAAUUUUAACUCCAGAUUUGAGGUUUGAUAAUAGGUUAUGGAAUUUUAUGUUUUAGACUAAAAGUAAAGUGUUAGAUAUAAUUAUCCAAAACUAGAAUGUAUUGUUUGACGUAGGUUAAUCAUUUAAAUGUCCUUUCUUGUUGUUAUUGACUAUGGUUCAUCUCGGCUGUGACUACAAUGUCGCUACAGAGGUUUGUACCCACAGUUUAACCUGGUGCUUGUGUGGGUAUGCAUUCCUCAUUAAAGGGUAAGGUAUAAUCAGUAGUCUCUCACACAUGUAGUGAGCAGAGUACUCGGACAUUUAAAAAACAUGACAUUUAUAUGAAAAAAUCACAGAUUUUUGUAUAUACCAAGAUACUGCCUAGACAAUCAUCAAGUUUGCUGUGAUUUAUCUCCCCUUAGUAAACAUAUUGUGUGGUAGGUACUAGAUCAUCCAGUGAACCUACAUCUCUAUUUAUAGAUUUAUGAUGAACAAUAUACAAUUCAGGUGGCUAAUUUUCUAUGCCUUAAGCUAGUGUUUCCCAGCCAUAUACUAUUAAAUAUAAGGAGCUUGCUUUAUUAUUACAUUCGUAGGGAAAAUAAAAAGGAACAAUUAAUCUUACUUUGAUAAUAGACUUUGGACAUCCAAAUGUCAUCUCUUGUCAGGUUUUAUUGUUAAAGCAUAUGUCUUUAAUGUAACAACAUGAUGAACAAUAGACUCAAAGAAAAUCAUAAACUUUAUAAAAACUGCAGGUAUAUUUCUUUAUUUCCAGAAGAAUGUGUGAGGAACACAUUUUUUUUUUAUUAAUAGUUGCUAUUUUUUAAAAGAAUACUAUGCCCAUUUUGGCUGGAACUUAUUUUACCAGAGAAUUGUUUUUUCAAUGUUGACCAAUUGUUUACCGUCCACACUCUAUAGCUAUCUGUAAUAUAGGGGGCAUUGUGUCCAACAUGUGAUGUAAACCGUCCAUAAUAUAUUCCGUCCAAUGAUUAGGUUUAAUACUAAUGAUAUUUUAUAUUUAUACUGUACAAUACACAUUGUUACAAUAAUAAGACAUGAUCUGAUUAGGUCUUGUCCAUAUAUCGUCCAAUGAUCAGGUGAUAUAGGGUAUUAUAUGUUUACCGUGCUAAGAUAUAUAUGCCGUCCAUGUAUUUAGACAUAUUUUGUUUUGGGUUUGGGCUACCUCCAUGUCAUAGAAUAUAUAUUUGCAUUGUAGAAUCACGUGCCAGUUUGUAUGCAAUCUGUUCUUGUAUUGUACUAUUUUUUCUGUUUAUUGAACCACAUUCCGAAAACAUCCAAAUCGAUGAUGUCAAAUUUACAAAAGAUUCUAAUUAAUAAAUUGUCCAUAUUCUAAUUAAUAUCAUGGUAAAUUGUUUCAGUUAAUCUUGAUAGAAAAACAUUCUGUAAAUCACAGUAUGGAUAAAACCUCCUUUUUUCUGUUUACAGAGUUAAAAUAGGAGGUUAUAGAUGGGGGUCCCUGUUCUCUAUAAGUGUCUUACACAAUUACAAUGGGAGUGUAUAGAUGGGGGUCCCUGUUCUCUAUAAGUGUCUUACACAAUUACAAUAGGAGGUUAUAGAUGGGGGUCCCUGUUCUCUAUAAGUGUCUUACACAAUUACAAUGGGAGUGUAUAGAUGGGAGUCCCUGUUCUCUAUAUAAGUGUCUUAAACUGUUUCAAUGGGAGUGUAUAGAUGGGAGUCCCUGUUCUCUAUAAGUGUCUUAAACUGUUUCAAUGGGAGUGUAUAGAUGGGAGUCCCUGUUCUCUGUAAGUGUCUUAAACUGUUUCAAUGGGAGUGUAUAGAUGGGAGUCCCUGUUCUCUAUAAGUGUCUUAAGCUGUUUCAAUGGGAGUGUAUAGAUGGGAGUCCCUGUUCUCUAUAUAAGUGUCUUAAACUGUUUAAAUGGGAGUGUAUAGAUGGGGGUCCCUGUUCUCUAUAAGUGUCUUAAACUGUUUCAAUGGGAGGUUAUAGAUGGGGGUCCCUGUUCUCUAUAAGUGUCUUACACAAUUACAAUGGGAGUGUAUAGAAGGGAGUCCCUGUUUUCUAUAAGUGUCUUGAACUGUUUCAAUGGGAGUGUAUAGAUGGGGGUCCCUGUUCUCUAUAAGUGUCUUAAACUGUUUCAAUGGGAGUGUAUAGAUGGGGGUCCCUGUUCUCUAUAAGUGUCUUAAGCUGUUUCAAUGGGAGUGUAUAGAUGGGGGUCCCUGUUCUCUAUAAGUGUCUUAAACUGUUUCAAUGGGAGUGUAUAGAUGGGAGUCCCUGUUCUCUAUAAGUGUCUUACACAAUUACAAUGGGAGUGUAUAGAUGGGGGUCCCUGUUCUCUAUAAGUGUCUUAAACUGUUUCAAUGGGAGUGUAUAGAUGGGGGUCCCUGUUCUCUAUAAGUGUCUUACACAAUUACAAUGGGAGUGUAUAGAAGGGAGUCCCUGUUCUCUAUAAGUGUCUUACACAAUUACAAUGGGAGUGUAUAGAUGGGGGUCCCUGUUCUUUAUAUAAGUGUCUUAAACUGUUUCAAUGGGAGUGUAUAGAUGGGAGUCCCGGUUCUCUAUAAGUGUCUUACACAAUUACAAUGGGAGUGUAUAGAUGGGGGUCCCUGUUCUUUAUAUAAGUGUCUUAAACUGUUUCAAUGGGAGUGUAUAGAUGGGAGUCCCGGUUCUCUAUAAGUGUCUUACACAAUUACAAUGGGAGUGUAUAGAUGGGGGUCCCUGUUCUCUAUAAGUGUCUUACACAAUUACAAUGGGAGUGUAUAGAAGGGAGUCCCUGUUUUCUAUAAGUGUCUUACACAAUUACAAUGGGAGUGUAUAGAUGGGGGUCCCUGUUCUUUAUAUAAGUGUCUUAAGCUGUUUCAAUGGGAGUGUAUAGAUGGGGGUCCCUGUUCUCUAUAUAAGUGUCUUAAACUGUUUCAAUGGGAGUGUAUAGAUGGGAGUCCCUGUUCUCUAUUAGUGUCUUAAACUGUUAUGGAUGUUAAAAUGGGAAUUCCUCAGUUCUCUCAUAAGUGUGUAACUUAAACUGUUUUGACAGGAGGUUUUAAGUGUAUUACACUGUUAGGGAGAUUUAGAUGAGAACCUCCAAUUUUCUGGUGUCAAGUUUUAGUUUUAACAUAUUUUAUUGCAAAAUGUUUACAAACAGAUUGUUGUCAAGUGUCUUAAACUGUUAUGGUGGUUUAGAUGGGAACCCCUUAUUUCUGUUUAUAACUGAUGUGAGGGUAUACAUGGGAGUCCCUCAUCAAAACCUAAGUGUCUAACACUAUUAUAGUGGGAGGGUAUGGAUGGAAACCCGUUAGUUCUGUUUAUAACUGAUGAGGGUAUGGAUGAGAACCCCUUAGUUCUCUAUAAGUGCUUUACACUGUUCUUGUUGUUUGGUGGAAGUCUAGUGGUGUAUGUAGAGUACACCAAUACUUUGUUAGGGAUGAGAAUGUUACUAUAAUGUUCAGUCUUGAAUUAUUUAUUGGGGAGUGUUAGACUGAUGGUGACUUUCUAAUGGUAAUUAUUGGUGUAACCACAAAUGCCAACUUUACCCGGUAGAAAAAUUGCCAAAAAUGAUGACCCGUUGAUAUUCAUACUCCGACACUGUGAUAGUUACUUUUAUGUCUUAAUUGCUUGUUCAUUAUCUAACCCUAAUUCCUAUCAAAUCCUUGAUGUACAAAGUGUACCUGGCUAGACAAUUAUAAUCAGAACGAAAAUCAAAAUGCAAUAAUUUCUACUUUCCCAUGAAUUUAUUACAAUGUGUGUAGAAUACUAUGUGCCAACACCUGUUAUCACCAGCAUAUAUGUCUUAUUACAAUCACAUGGUUACUAUAGGGACAAGCUUUGUAUGAAUGUAUGCUCAAUUUGUUAUUAUUAUAUUGUUUCUCUAUUUGUAUGACUUGUCCUUAGAAUUGUUGAUUUUAUACAAUUCAUUAGUGCUAUUGUUACAUUUUGUUAUUGUCAGAUGAAGAUGUUCAGCUUUAACAUCAAACUUUUUUUUGCUAUUAUUUCUUUUAAAUAACAUCAUACACAUCACAACUUAAACAACUGAAGUUUUCAAAAAAUUCAAAUUCAAAGAAUAAAAUUGUUUCUGUAGAAAGAAAUCUUCACCUUGUAUGAAAAAAAACCCCAGUAGAAGUAGUAGAGCUGAACACCUUCAGUAGAUGGGAGGCUUACUUCCACUGUAGUGCCUUGUCUGUUACCAUGGUAACAUUGCACAAGAUGUGAUUCAUGUCUGCCGUCCUUAAUCUGGCACUGGUGGCCGGCUGGCGAAAUUUACUUAACCUGUUGUGUAUAUAUUUUAUCUACAUCAAAAGAGUGAUUCUAUUUUUAGGUGUAUAAUUUAUUCAUUUAAAGGCAUAUAAUAUUUCUACAAAGAUACUACCUGUUUGACGACUGUCAUUAAAGCUCAUGCUUUUGACUGAACCUUA